CAAUAAGAUCUCAAUUUAUUACAACUUACACGAUAACACCCACAGCAUCUGUGGAUAUCAGUAAUCCUGGUACAGUAACGAUAACCUCAUCAACUACUUCAUAUUACACACCCACUCCGAAUCCUCCUCAUAAAACAACAGUCCAAACUAAUUCCGCCUCUUCGGAAUCCGACAGUAGUACUAUAAAUGUGGGUAUAGUUAUAGCUGCCGUAAUGGUAGGCGCAGUCUCGGCAGCCGGAAUCAUUUUGUUGAUCAGAUAUUACAUUAAAAAAAGGAGGGAUAUUGAUGAUGAUCCUGAUGUGUUUAAUAUGAGCGAUCGGACUGAUGAUUUUGAUUUUAUCCGUCCCUCUUAUGGAAACGACGAGAAUAUCAGAGUGUCCGAGAAUAAUGAUGUUCACAGGAGUGAUCAAUAUCCAGACUUAAAUAGGACUGGUAAUAGUUCGUACCACGAAAUUCCCAACCAUCUUCGAAAUCCAAGUGGCACGGGAACUGGAGCUGGAAAUAACGGAAUCCCGGUUAAUAAUCAAGGAUCAAAUGUUAUGGGAGCUAGAAACGGUUGGCAUAACGAGAUAUCCGGUCACUAUCAAGGAUCAAAUGUUAUGGGAGCUGGCGAUGAUUGGCGUAAUGAACCUCCCACUCAUUAUAAAGCUUAUGGUUCUCACGCAUCGCCUUAUUCUGUCACUAAUCUUGUGCCAUCCCCUCCCGUUCCUAAUCCCGCUCAUUAUGGUGAAUCCUAUCGUCAUGCCGAUCCUUAUAGUUGA